AUGGAGCAGGAGAUAAAGAGCUUUCUGCUGCAACAUGAGGCGCAAUUCGUCGCAGCUCAAGUCCCACAACGACUGUGGCCCAUCGCGUAUUACAAACUCAAACACGAAGUCUUUGACGCUGGCCGCUACUUCUUCUUGGGUCGAGAUGAAGACGGAGAGCUGCACGUGGCUGUACGUGAUGACGUAGACCUGUCCCCCAUGCAGCCGGACGCAGACGAGGCGCUGUUCCUUGUCGAUCAUGCCUGGACGUUUACAGCAGACAAAGUGCACGAGCAGCUGGAGACCGUCCCGUCCCUUCUGGAGAGAAUGGAAAGCCUCAUGCAUCUGUCAGUAGACGACAAACAGCAGGAAGAAGAGAUGUCCAAGCAGCGACGUGUGGCUGCAGUUGCAGAUCGUGUGUGGCGCUAUGCCAGUACCUACCGUCUCGGCAACGUGAAGCCUGAGCAGGCGUCGACGAUUUGGUACGUGAUGGACGAGGUCGGAUCUGCUAUCGAGCACAAAGACGAGCCCAAUGUGCGCAUGGCACCAUUCUACUACGGUGCGUCGAAGUGUGCGUUCACGCUUGUGUGGACCGUGCAGACGAUUGAAGGAGGAGACUUUUUGUCGCGAGACUAUUUCCUGGAGUACGCAGCUGAUGAAGCGACUCACACGGCGCUACUAGCUGCGCUAUUCUAUGAGUCUGGUAAGGCUGAAAGAUGUCGGUAUGUCGACGAGCUCCGAGAGAUUGUCCGUGAGCGUAAACAGGGAUACUCGCUUGAAAGUGCUCGCUCGAGGUUCCACGCCACCGCGAGCUGUGACUCGGAGAUAUAUUCUGACACGACGACGGCUGUUUCGUUGCCCCCGCUCUCUUCCAUAGUAGCAGGCACGGAGCCGCUUCGCGUGUAUUCUGACCUAGCGUUAGUGCGUAAGAACUUGACUCAUCCGUGUUUUACGAUUGUGGAUGAUGAGGAAGACGCGCAAAUCAUAUGGUCCACCCGCCACCUCAAGAACUUUGACAAGUAUAUUGCAGAUGAACACGUGCAGAUAAUAAACCAGUUUCCGAACGAGAAAAUUCUCACGUGCAAAGAUCUGCUCUACGAAAUGUGCAAGCUACACAACGGUGGCGAGCAGCCAGACUGGCUCGCAGAGACGUACAAUAUGACCACUGAGUUCCCUGAGCUUGUUGCGCAGUUUAUCUGCCGCGACGUGAUUGCUCAUGAAGACGGCGAAGACGGGGAUGAUGCCAACCACUGGAUCUGUAAACCUUGGAACAUGGCUCGCUCUAUAGACACGUGUAUUGCACAGAACGCUCCGCAUCUCGCGCGUCUCGCCGAGACUGGACCCAAAAUUGCGUGCAAGUACAUUCACCGGCCGCUUCUGAUCGACGGACGGAAGUUCGACUUUCGUUUUCUCGUGAUGGUUAAGUCAACGGAUCCUAUGGACAUCUACCUGAGUGGCGUCUACUGGCUUCGUAUUGCGAACAAAGAGUUCAGUAUGGACAAUUUCCAGGACUUUGAAAAACACUUCACUGUCAUGAACUACUCGGAUUUUGACGUCCGGAUUAUGGACAACGCCGAGUUUGUCGACCGAUUUGAGCAGGAAUACCCGAGCGAAGACUGGUCGAUGGUAUACAAUGACAUUUGCUCAUCGAUCAAGAAGCUGUUUGAAAUUGCGACAGCACACCCGCCACCGCUAGGCCUGGGUCGUUGCACAAAGUCACGUGCUCUCUAUGGUGUAGACGUGAUGCUAUCGUGGGAAGCCGACGAGGGAACUGGGGAUGAGCGUUUGCGUCCGGUCAUUUUGGAAACAAACUUCCAGCCGGACUGCACUCGAGCUUGCAAGUACUUCCCGCACUUCUUUAACGAUCUCAUGAACGUGCUGGUGUUGGACCGUCCGGACGAGACAGUGCAUGGCUGCUUUCGUAUUUGA